AAGGCCAUGCAAAAAAUAUUCAACUCAAUCUCUAAAGUUGGCAACAAUUUAAUCUCUAUUAUUUUGUCUUUUAAUCUAUGGUUGUUAUUUACCUUGUUAAGAAACCCACCAAAUCAAAUUUUUAUCCACCCCAAAAAUCUUUAUAAAAUCCGACCUUACCAACCGACUAACAAUUCGCCCAAAAACUCACUUCUCUCUAUAGAACCAUGGAAGCCCUCCUCCAAUCUCUACAAUCUUCACCAUUUUCACUGCUUUUCAUACCUCUAUUCCUCACCUUCAUCCUCAUCUUCCGCACCCGUGGGAAGCUUCCAUACCCACCGGGCCCAAAAGGGUUGCCGAUAAUAGGCAACAUGAGGAUGAUGGAUCAGCUGACCCACCGUGGGCUGGCGGAGCAGGCCAAGAAGUACGGCGGGCUGUUCCAUCUCCGACUCGGUGUGCUCCACAUGGUGGUGGUUUCAACUCCCAAAAUGGCGCGUGAGGUUCUCCAAGUUCAAGACGGCGUGUUCUCUAACCGACCGGCUAACGUGGCGAUCUCCUAUCUGACGUACGACCGUGCUGACAUGGCGUUCGCCAACUACGGCCCGUUUUGGCGGCAGAUGAGGAAGGUCUGCGUUAUGAAACUGUUUAGUCGGAGACGGGCCGAGUCUUGGGCUUCGGUGAGGGAAGAGGUGGACGAUACGGUGCGUACGGUGGCUGCGAAGAUCGGAUCGGCGGUGAAUAUUGGAGAGCUGGUAUUCGCUUUGACGAGGAAUAUAACGUAUAAGGCGGCGUUUGGAUCGAGCUCGCAUGAAGGACAGGAUGAAUUCGUGACGAUUUUACAAGAAUUCUCGAAGCUUUUCGGCGCGUUCAAUAUUGCGGAUUUUAUUCCGUGGUUGGGUUGGCUUCAUGCACAGGAAUUCAACCGGAGGAUGGAAAGAGCACGUAAGUCUUUGGAUGUGUUUAUUGAUAAGAUUAUCAGUGACCACAUGGAGAAGAAGAAGAUGAAGAAGAAUAAGACCAACGAUGCAGAUGCAGAGACGGAUAUGGUAGAUGAAUUAAUUGCUUUCCUUCCUGAUAAUGUUGAUCAGGACUCCCAGUCCACGUUUACACUCACCAGAGACAACAUCAAAGCCAUCGUCAUGGAUGUGAUGUUUGGUGGGACCGAAACAGUGGCUUCAGUGAUAGAGUGGGCCAUGGCGGAACUAAUGAAGAGCACAGAGGAUUUAAAGAAGGUUCAACAAGAGCUCACAGAUGUCGUGGGGAUUCACAGAAAAGUCAACGAAUCCGAUCUUGAAAAGCUAACGUACCUUAAAUGCUCAGUCAAAGAAACACUUCGUCUCCACCCUCCGAUCCCUCUGCUCCUCCACGAGACCUCCGACCACAGUGUCGUCGCCGGGUACUCCAUCCCUUCCGGCUCACGAGUCUGGAUCAACGCGUGGGCCAUUGGACGCGGCAAGGAGUCGUGGGAAGAUCCCGAGGAGUUCAAACCCUCGAGAUUCCUAAACGACGCCGCACCCGACUUCAAAGGGAGCGACUUCGAGUUCAUUCCAUUCGGGUCGGGUCGGAGAUCGUGCCCGGGUAUGCAGCUGGGGCUUUACGCGGUGGAGAUGUGCCUGGCUCAUCUUCUGCAUAGUUUUAAGUGGGAGUUGCCGGAGGGAAUGAAGCCCGGUGAGCUUGACAUGAACGAUAUGUUCGGACUCACUGCUCCUAGAGCCGUACGACUGGUUGCCGUGCCCAACUACAGGUUGACCUGCCCGCUGUAAAGUAGAAUCUUGGUCGAUGGGCAUUUGGAUAAGUGUUUCUUUUUUUCCUUUUUUUUUUUUGGGGGGUAAAUUUGGAUAGUUGUUGCUUUCUUUUUAAUUUUUAUUUAUGUCUUUAUGUUUUUGGUUAAUUAAGGCACAUUUGUAGCU